GAUGAAAGGGAAAACUUAGAGACACCCACAUCAGAGCUUAUCGAUCACGAAACAUUCGAUCAACUGCUCGAGAUGGAUGAUGAUGAAGACCAUGAUUUUUCUAAAUCUAUUGUAUUGCAUUAUUUUGAGCAAGCAGAGACAACAUUCGAUGAGAUGGACAGGGCUUUAGAAAAGAAAAACCUCGUCGAAUUGUCAAAACUAGGGCACUUUCUUAAAGGAAGUUCUGCCGCAAUAGGAUUAACCAAGGUUAAGGCAUCAUGCGAAAAAAUGCAACAUUUCGGUAAUAUGAAAGACGAAACGGGUGCAAAUUCAAUCUCCGAAGAAGUCGCGUUAACCAAAAUCUCAGACCUAUUGAGAGUGGUUAAAGAUGAAUAUAAGGAGGCAGAAGAUUAUCUAAAAAAUUUCUAUUCAGAACGGGAUAAUCCGGAUGAAAGUUAA